UGUUGUGUGUUGUGUGGUAGGUUGUAGGUAGGAGGUGUAACUUCAAGUUUAGUUGAUUACAUAGAUUCUGUGUUCUAUAUUUGUUUUUCCUAUUUUUAAAACGGAGAUAAAUAAGGUCACAUAUAACUUUCCACGAAAAACAUGUCUAAAAUUAAUGAUAGGGACAGAAUACCCAAUUAUCAGACAUAUAAAUUGGUUAUUGUUGGAGGAGGUGGUGUAGGAAAAUCAGCUAUAACUUUACAGUUUAUACAGAGUUAUUUCGUGACCGAUUACGAUCCUACGAUAGAAGACUCCUACACUAAACAAUGUGUUAUAGACGAUAUACCUGCCAAAUUAGAUAUAUUGGAUACUGCUGGUCAAGAGGAAUUCAGUGCUAUGAGGGAACAAUACAUGAGGUCAGGUGAAGGCUUUCUAUUAGUCUUUUCUGUCACAGAAAGAUCUAGUUUUGAGGAUAUAUAUAAAUUUCAUAGACAAAUUUUAAGAGUAAAAGAUCGGGAUGAGUUUCCAAUGCUAAUGGUUGGGAAUAAGGUUGACUUAGAACACCAAAGGGUUGUUUGGCAAGAGGAAGCUCAGCAGUUAGCUCGGCAGCUAAAAAUACCCUAUAUUGAAUGUAGUGCCAAAAUGAGGAUGAAUGUAGAUAAUGCUUUUUAUGAACUAGUUCGGGUAGUUCGAAAAUUCCAGUUAUCAGAGCGACCACCCCUUAAACCAAGUUACCUAAAAAGUAACAAGAAAAAAUGCUGCAUGCUUUAAUCAGUUGUUUUUUAUUCCAGAGUCGCUGUUUAUCACAUCACUGCUAUCCAAGCUUUACAAGUUUUUUGUUGUGAUUUUGUACAAUUCAAAUGCACAUAUAUAUUAAUUUUUACAUUGUCAUCGACAGGACAUUUUAGUAUUCAUUUAUUUUUUUACAUAUGAAUCACAUUAAUUCACCUUCCUUUUUAACAUAUUCCAAGGUUACCAAAUCAUAGCAUUUUUCUGCAAAGAUUGAAUUGCUUUGUUUUGCUUUUUUUGUGAUAUAACAUUUGUAGUCUUAUGAGAAAUUUUUUUAAAUCCUCAUCUGCCAUGUUACAUUUUAUUACGUAGUUUAUAAUUAUGUGUCAUUUUAUAAAAUAAAAUCUAAAUUGCAAAAUUUAUAGGAUAUAACUAACUAGAAGUGUAAAUUAUUUGUGUUUAUUUAAAUUAUCCUAGUUGUGUUUGCCAGCUACCAUAAUGUUAAAAACAAAAAUCAAAGUAAUUUAGUGGCCAUUCAAUAAAACUGUUACAAUAAAACAGAAUGUUGGCAAAAUAUUUCAGUAAAACCAAUCUGGCAGCUUUUAGCUUUUAUUUGAAAAUAAGAGAACAUUGUUCAAUGUUUUGUGUUAUUAUUAAAAUUUGAAUUAUUUGUGAAACAAUCCUUUUGAAUGAGCUUACUAAUGGCUGCCAAAAGUAUAAAGCGGGGGUCAAACUAGGCUACUUUACCAGUAGCUGGUGGCUGCUGGCUGCAAACAUCGACAGCAAGCAGCCGCUGGUUUGGGUUCACAUUGGUUUUAUAUAGUAGUGGUAUUAUUGCUGCUAUUAGCGAGAAAAAUCAGUUUUGUGUUGAAUAUACUGGUGAAAAGUAUGUCUCCUGUGGCUACAAUUAACAGCUACUAUCCACUAGCAGUGUGUGUCCGAGGGUUCACAUUAGGCAACUCGAGUACUGUUAACAGCAUGAAGGAUUAACUAGCGGCUAAUAGAGUUGAACAUGUGCUACUCAACCAGCCGCUGGUAAUUUUGCUCGUGGGCUAGUAAGAACAGCGGCUGCUAGGAGUUCAUAAUGUGCUGUUAGCAGCUAGCAGCCACCAGAGGCUGGUAAAGCAGCCUAGUCUAACUGCCGCUUAAAUGUAUAUUUCAGCUAUUUUAAUGCAGCCAAUAAAUAGAGAUGGAACGACAUUAGUAUGUUAGUAGGCUCAUUAGAAAUAGCUUACAAUAAAACGAAAAAUCCUGAAAUACAACUUUCAGAGAUUUAAUUGAAAAAUAUGCGGCAAACAAUUUUUAUAAAUUUAAUAUUUUUGUUAAUUCAACAGAAGUAUUGAAAAAUAAUAUGUAUAUGAUUCUUUUAGUAAUAAGUUUAAAAUUGCACAUUUUGCACGUCACAAAUUAAAUUCAACUAAAGUUUACUUCCCUUCAGAAUUAUAUCAAAUUUUUAUUGUAUUUUUCAUGACUUAAGGGGUAAUGCCACACUAUAGUUUGGAAAAAAAGGUGAUUUUCGGGAGUUUUCAAGGAAAAAAGGCUUUAUUGUACACGUUUUCUGGUAGUAUUGUCAAUUUUCUCUAAGAAUCUGGAUUCAAAAUGGCAGCUGUAGGUGAUGGCAAGCAACGACACCUUUUUUUCAGAGGGCUGUAUGGCCGGAAGUGUUUCUUAUUAAUGAAUGGUCUUGAAAGAAAAAAACAAAAAUUCAAAAGUAUUAAUAAAUUGUUGAUUUAGUGAACAUUAAAAAAAAGUAUCGAAAAAAGACGAACAAUUUUUGAUUAAUGAUGAUGAAAAUUGUUAAUCAAUCGAAAAACCCCUACGAUGUUCCCUGAAUUACGUUAUUGAGAAGCUUUGUACAAAAUUUCAAGUCGAUAUGCUGAAAACUUUGUGAGUUAUGAUUGCGGCCACUUUUCGGCUUGAUCUAAGACCAGGGGCGGUUGCAGUGCAAUCAAGAAAACUAAGAGCUUACAGUUUACAAUUUUCAGUUUUCAGUUCAGGGUUAUUUGGUUUUAUAAUAUUGUGGGGUAUGGGACUCUUGGGGUCUAUUUUUAUAACUGAUUCUUUGUUAUUAUAUUUGUACCAAAAAUUAGAAAAAAAAUCAGAUCAUUUGGGCGAUCCGCGCCUCAAAUACGAUCUCAGUCAAGAAAACUGAGCUUACAGUUUACAAUUUCAGUAUAGGGCUGUUUGCUUUUAUAAUAUUCUGGGGUAUGGGGCUCUUGGGGUUUAUAUUUAUAGCUGGUUCUUUGUUAUUUUAUUCGUACCAAUAAAUAUAAAAAAUAAAAAUUCAGAUUAUUUGGAGGAUCCGCGCCUCUGAAAAUCGAUCUGGCGUUCUUACGAGUUACAAUAAGCACUCUACCUCGAAAAAGCUCGUGUCCCUGAUUUUUCCCCCUACGUAAAACUUUUAUUCCUAUAUUCUUACAUAAUAAAGCAUUGUUUAAACCACUUAUCCAAAAAUCGAUUUUUUCAAAAUUCUAUAGUGGCUUUACCCCUUAACGUUAUACUACAUAGGCGACAGUUCUGGAUGUACAUAUGUUAAAUUUAUUGCAGUGUUCAAUUAUUUAUUCAAUUUUGUAAUUAUAAAACAACUGAUUGUUUUUCACUUUUCUGUUCUUAAUAACUGCAAGGUGAAUUAUAUGAAUGUUAAACAUUAUUAAAAGUUUUCUAUAACAUAUUUGUAAAUACUCGAUUCUAUUUCAUAAGCCAUCUCUCAGCUAUUUACAUAGGUAUUUGUAAAAAUUAUAUGCUAAUUUUAAGGAUGUCGUUUUUUAUAUUAGUUUUAUGUACAUAGUUACAAAAAUUUUAAAAAUUGGAGUGAAGACACCAAUUUUAUUUUUAUAUGAAUUAUAUUUUUCUAGAGUAAUACAGCUAGGAAAUACUAUCUUUAUUAUGGAAAGUGGCUUGUAUAGAGCAUUAAUUUUUUUUGUAUUUUACCCAAGCUCUUUAUAUUGUUCCACUUGACAAUUAGUAUUUUUCUUUUUUAAGAUCUCUCUUAUUAUAAUGGUUUUUAUUGCAAAUUUGAGAUUUAAAAACUUUAAAAUGAUGUUUUCUUGUUAUACUAUUAUCUGCUCAUAUACAAGAAAAUAUUUAAAUCCGAUUAUUUUUUACAACAUACAGGCAGCAUUUUACCAUUGACAAAAAUAUAAAUAUAAAGUUGAAUCGAACAGUUUAACAUAUUCAAAGAUAUAAUUGUCAAUAACAUAAUGAAAUGAAAUAUGCCAUUUUAUUAUACCAUUUUUAUAUAUUAUGAAAUGUGGAUAUUAUGCUUUUAUGUUCUUCCAAAUAAAACUGUACAAAGUUAAGUGCAACUUAAAUUUUUAUUUUACAGUUUUUACCUAUAUAAUUUUGAAAAAUUACAAU